ACGCGACGAGUCUUAAAACUGAGCUACGGAAUGAAAAAAUGGUUAUUCAUUCGUUGUUCGCCUGGAAGUUGACUCGAAUUUCAGAUGAAUUUUAAAAUCAAAAUGAAUAUCGGGUUUAAUGGUUUAAAAGUUCUCUUUGGCUUUGCAGUGAUGAUGCAAAGUUUCAUUGAAAUAAGAACCGCCGACGCGGACUACCAAUCCGACUACGCAAGGUGGCAAUACCGAAUAACUGAUUCCGAAUUUAUAAUCAACAAUACCAAACCGGACAGGGACGGACAGGCAAAAGUUUUUGUAAACCGAUUGCGCGAUAAAGAAAAUCGUUACGACGGAUCACCAUAUCUCCUAACCCAAGUUACCGAUGACAAAAUUCGUGGUAUAAAAUCCCGUCUACAAGCAUCGUUUGAUCACUUAGUUGUUAUCAUACACGGAUUUUUAGAUGAAGCAAAUAGUUCUCCUGCAUGGCAUUCGACUCUAGGAGAUGCAAUUAGACAUCAUCAACCCAGAACCGAGGUGUUUGCGGUCGAUUGGAGAGAAGGAGCUCAGACUUUAAAAUACAAGGCAGCAGUACUGAACGCAGGCGAAACCGCGAAUAUGCUAGCCAUCUUUCUCAGACGGAUUCUUCCUCUUGCCAAUGAGCGUCAGAUCAGUGUACAUAUCAUUGGUCAUGGAUUAGGAGCUCAUAUCGGCAGAAAGGUCGUCUGGAGAUUACGAUCGUUACACUUCCCCAUAUACAGGCUUACUUGUUUAGAUCCAUUCCAAUUCGAAUAUGAAUAUGAAGACUACUAUGGCAAUGGAAAUGGCAAUAAAGAAGCCCAACUCACGGAUGUAAUACACACGGAUGGAUAUGUAAACGGUUUCGGUGAUCCGAGAGCUUUUGGUACUGUUGAUUUUUACAUGAAUAACCUCGAUCGCACAAUAAACAAUCAACCAGGAUGUAAAAAAACUCCAGGAGAAAGCGUUAGACAUCUUUUGAACCGAGCAGGAGCGCUUCCUCUUAAUGUAGAUCCGAAAAGUAGACAUCGUGUGUUGAACCGAAUUUUUGAGUCGUUGAAAGUCAGCCUAUGUUCUCACGGCAGAGCUGUAGAGUAUUUUAUCGAAGCAGUCAUUGACCCACGUUGUAAAUUCACAGGAAGAUCGUUAGAAGAAUUUGGAAAACAAAGAGUACUGGGAUUGGAUACAUUUACCACACUUGACUAUUCGACAAUCAGAGGACUAAAAGUUUACGCAGAUACAAACAGCUCGUACCGGUUUUGCCCGCAUGCUCCUCCAAAGCCGACUGUGAUCAACAUGGAUAAAAGAAUCAAUAUUAUUGAAAAUGUUUCGGUUCUUUCACGAUUCCAUUAAUUUUUUAAAAUGUUUCUACUAUUAUUUUUUAUUAUUAUUAUUUUUUACGAUUGAGCAUUUUUGCGAUACUUUGCUCAAUUUUCACAAUGUUUUAUAAAUUUCCAAUCAAUUUAAACCUGUUUUUAUGACA